UUAAUGAAUUAACAGCGUCGACUUUCCCCAGCACCAUCAAGUCCUAUUCAACGCAAUGCAAUAAUAUCACGUAAGAUAUCUCAACUAAAUUAGAACAUUCUAAUCGAUUUCAAUUCCUCUAAGUAACUCCAUCCACUCACCCGGUUCAAUAUGUCUCCAUGUAGAAUUGUAAGAAUCCAGCAUUUAUAAUUAGAUAACGAACCCAGACAAAUCUCAAGAGAACGAGACAGCAAUCAAAUCCCUUAUUAGUAAGUGUGUCCAAAGGGAUUUCAGAGUCUCAGAAUAAUGAGUCAGCCCGAUGGUAAUUCAAGCAAAUCACCAGAGGUUCCAGCUAUGUAAUCUUAGCCCAACAACAGACCUAAUUAGAAUUCUAAUUCUCUGUAAAUGUAUAUAGACAACGCUCUUAAAAAUUAAAGAGAGGAAAUGCUAAAAUUAUUAGAAUAAUAAAACAAAUAGAUCGAUUAUAUGCAUUAAUAAUAACAACUCAUCAUCUAGUAGCAGUAGUAACAAUAGGAAAAGAAGAAAGAACCAGUGAACAUUGAAUCAUAACUCAAUUAAGUGAAAGAACAAAUGCAGAUUUAGAUUACUUAAACCUGUAGAGAAAUGAUUCAUAAAUUAUAAAAGCAAGAAUAGACUGACUUUAAGGCUUUGCAAGUCCAAAUUGAGAAAUUAAAAUCUCAACUCUAUUAGAUCAAUUUAUCAACCAGCAAGUAGUCUGAGAAAUUAUAACAAUCAUAUAAGGGCAAAGAGAACGAAGCUGAAGAAUAUUAAUAUAAAAAACACAUACCUUAAAGAAAUUCACUAGAUAAUUACGAUCAAUAUAUCAAGAAAUAUGAGUAAUUCAACAAAUAGGUCAAUGAUUACUUGAUUAAUCGCAAAAUACCUGACCAUCUAAGUUCAAUACUAAAUUCUAGUAAAGAUUCAAAUAGUGAGAUACACGAUAUUGAAUACAUAUAAUCGGAUCAUCCACUCACAGAUAUUACAAACUUACAAAACAUCAAAUAAAACAAAAUAUCUUAACCAUUAUAAUAGAUUGCUUAACCGUCAAUCCACUAAUAGUUUAUUACUAAAAAGACUACAAGUUAGACAACUAAUUAAUCUAAUGAGGAUUCCCCUAUCAAAGCAUUGAAUGAGUAGAUGAUGAUCGAUAGUCUAGAUAAUAUUAAUGUGCAUGAUCCUAAUAGUUUAUAAAUUACUAAAGAAGAAUUUGAUCAAUUAAAAUGUAUAACUUAAACUUAAUUUAUUAGCUUAAAGAAUGUCAACAAUACAUGAGAAUGAUGAUGAAGAUGAAGAGUUAAUGUAUUAAGUGGAUGAGAAUGGAUUUAUUCUUAGUUAGGAUGGACAUCCUUUAAUUGAUUAAACAGGAAAACGAAUUUAAUUAACAAAAUAGGAACUUUAAUUCUAUAAAAGUAAACUUCAUAGUUGA